CUUCCUUCAUUAAAUUCUUUGAGUUGCCUUUAAAACCCUGAUAAGAAAACAUAUGAGCUUGACAUUGCAGACUGCAAAUGUACAUAUAAAUUUAAGCUUACUUUGCUGAUAAGGACGGAUCUUAUCACUAGAUGUUUCAUUCGUUUCGAGAUUCCCCUGAAAUGAAGACUUCAUUCGCUUGGAUUCCUUUGCUGACUUUGCUCCUUAGCCACGUGGCUUCGGAUGCGGAUGCCUUUCCGUUUCUGGAGGAACCUUGUGGAAAUACUAAUCAAGCAGCUCCCUGGAUGGCAGCCAUAACAAAUUAUACUCAUUUUUUGUGUGGCGGGACGCUGAUUAAUAAAGAAUUUGUUUUGGCUGCUGCUCAUUGCAUGGUAGACCAUGGAGACCUAAUUGUGGCAUUGGGAGCAAGUAACCAAUUACUGUCAAAGGAAACGUAUAGAGUCAUCUUGGCCGUGAUACAUAACUCGUACGAAGCCGACGGUAACCGGAAUGAUAUAGGCCUGCUUAAGCUGUCGCGUCCAGUGGUCUACAAUGUCCACAUUAGUCCAAUCUGCAUUAUUUUGGAUAAGACAAUGAAUAAUCAAAUAAGCUACGAAAAUAAUUUGAAAGCAUUUGCCUGGGACCUGAUAAGCAAAACACUUCAAAACAUCACCAUUAAUCGGAUUGAUCGAUCAUAUUGCUAUUCGAUUGUCCGCGGGUAUCCCAAUUUGAAACAGAUCUGUGCGGUUAGUUCAGAUAACGAAAUCUGUGAUUCCGAAACUGGUCCUUUGACCAUACCUAUUCGAUAUCACAAUGAAGUGAAAACUGUCAUCGUGGGUCAUGGCAAAAUAAGCUGUUCCAGGCAGGGAGUUUAUACCGAUGUAACAAGCUAUGUCGACUGGAUUAAGACAACGGUAAAGGCUUUUGCAACAUUGGAAAGUCCAAAACCAAAAAUUUGGUUGUAUAAUGACUGCAGUGGUAGUACCUUACAAUCCAAAUUACGAGCACAAAUUUAUGCACCUAACUUCAUGGGACAGGGUGUGUUUAUCACAGACAGAUUUAUUAUCACGAAUUCCAGAGGCCUACCAGAAGAUGCCGACUCUCUAGAUGUGGGCUUGGCAGGAACAUCACGAAUCCAUAACGAAUUCAGAGUUGAUGCGAUCUUUAAGCACCCAGAGUCUUAUGAUUUCAAAAAUGAUGUAGCAUUACUCAAACUGAGGCAAUCCGUCAAGAUAGACGGCUUCAAACCGAUAUGUAUGCUUGCAAGAAAAUAUAGUCAGCCUUCUCUUUUUACUACAUUUGACUAUGUGCAAACUGAAGAGCACGUUCAUAUUUAUCGAUACACCGUUGAACUUUUUAAUAACCAAAUAUGUUCAACCGAAAUUGGGAGAGCAAUCAAACUAGAUCAAGUUUGUGUAAGAACACCGGCUGGAGUAAGUAAAAAUUAUGGAAAACUUGGCGAUGUUUUGGGAAAAGAGGUUAUGUAUUUGGAAAAGGAAUGGCUCGUCCUUCUGGGUAUCGUCAGUUAUUUAUCCAAUGGAUUACAAGUUUUCACAAAUCUUAUGGCGCAUACAGACUGGAUUGCGAAUGUCGUUAACUCAAACCAAUUUUAAUAACCAACUUUGAGUGUACAAGGUCUCACCUUUAACUGAGAAACGAGUCUAUCGACAGAAUUAUCAAUAAGAUCAGUGGAAGGCUCUCAUAAAAUGAGGCCAUUUGCUUAAUAUACAUUAUUUAUGCGCA